AUAUAUAAAAUGAUAGUUUAAUUUUAAUGGAUUUGGAUGAUGAGUGAAGAUUAUCAAAUCCGAUGGAGAGCAUAACAGGGAGCGAACUUGCCGGUUUCGCAGUGGGCGCUUUGCUCGUUUGCGCCACCAUUUCUGCCCCAAGAAUCGACGCUUUCAUCUCUUCUUCUCAGCGCAGAUCCUUGGGCAUGUGCAAAAGGUGUGGUGACCUGAGGAUGAUAGCAUGUUCAAAAUGUAAAGGAGUUGGAUCAACCAAAUCAGGUGGACUGUUUGGCAUUAACAUUCUUGCUGACUUUUACGAAGCAUUGGGCAAAGACGAAUCAAAUGUGCCUUCUAUCCCGUGUACGAGAUGCAACGCCAAGGGUCGCUUCCGAUGUCCAGAUUGCUGCUCUCAACUCACACAAACUUGAUUUUUGUUCCUUGAUCAUUUCAUUCUAAUGCUCCUCAGAUGGAAUGAAGAUGUACCAAUUAUUGUUCUUCUAUUAAAGCAUUACUCAUUAAUUUCUCCUCUCUUCCACAAAAGCAGAUGUGGUGAUGAAGAUUUCUACUUGAAACAGAUUUUUGAACUUUUUCCAUAUUUGGGUUUGUGAAAAGGACCUGUAUUUACUAAAGAGAAGCCAAGCUAAAAGAAUUUAAAUAACAAUGUUCUUCCCAUCGAUACUCUGUAAAGGUUGGCAUAAAUUAAGAAUACGAUAUGGGGAAUUUUACCUUAUUUC